AAAUGUCAAUUGUCAAUUUAAAAAUUUAAAAUAUUAAACCGCGACCGCCGGUGAUGUGGAAAAUAAAACAAAACAAAAAUAAUAAUUUAGUAUUGUAAUUGUGACCUUUAAAACGAUUAAUUAUAUUACUGUCCUUUAAUUGAUUAUAUUCAAUUUAAGUUGUUUUUUUGUUUCCAAACUUAAAAAAAUUAAAAACUACAUCUAAAGAUGAAGGAUCCACGCUCCGAAUUAUGUUCAAAAUACAUCAAAAUAUUCUUAGUUGUAUCCUGUUAUUGGGUUGUAUCAAUAGCCACAGUAUUUGUAAACAAAAGCCUGCUGAGCGGCCAAUCAGUGAACUUGGAGGCUCCUUUGUUCAUCACAUGGUUUCAAUGUGUCGUCUCAUUUGUUAUAUGUUUCACUUUGAGCACUACUGGAGGUAUAACUGGUGUGUUCAGCUUCCCCAAAGGUAGUCCUUGGUGCAAAGAAGUGGCAAGGAAUGUGGUUCCUUUAUCAAUAAUGUUUACAUUGAUGAUAGCAUUCAACAACCUCUGUCUCAAGUAUGUGGGAGUGCCGUUCUACUUCAUAGGCAGAUCGCUCACUACGGUCUUCAAUGUGGCACUCAGUUGGGUGCUGUUGAAACAGGCUACAUCUAUGAGAUGCAUGCUGUGCUGUGCUUGCAUCAUAUUUGGAUUCUACCUCGGAGUUGAUCAGGAGAAUGUGUUAGGGUCAUUUUCCCUUCUCGGAACGGUAUACGGCGUUGCCGGUUCCCUCAUGCUGUCUCUUUACUCCAUCUACACAAAGAAAGUGUUGCCAAGCGUCAACCAGGAGGUGUGGCUCCUGUCAUAUUACAACAACGCUUACUCCAUCAUAAUAUUCCUGCCCCUGAUAGUGAUGAACGGGGAGCUGAGCGUUUUGUGGAACUACAACAAAUUUGGUAGCACUUUCUUCUGGAUACAAAUGAUUAUUGGUGGCGUUUGCGGAUUUGCUAUUGGAUAUGUGACUUCGCUGCAAAUAAAGGUGACGUCUCCCUUAACCCACAACAUAUCGGGCACGGCCAAAGCCUGCGCUCAGACAGUCAUAGCAACCGAAUGGUACAACGAGAGCAAGAACACCCUGUGGUGGUCGUCCAACAUCAUCGUGCUAGCGAGCAGCGCUAUGUACGCGAGGUUCAAACAACUCGAAAUGGAGGAGCAAGCCAAGAAACCCAUACCUGAAGACCGUAAGAGCUUAGUAUGACAAUAUUAAAUAAACUAAAUAAUGAUA